AUGGUUAGUAAGUCCGUGGAGAAUGGAGAUUAUGAGGGAUUUAACAUCAACGGUAAAUGCUUUGUAAACAUCCUUCAAUUUGCGGAUGACACGUUAAUGGUGAGAAAUGGUAGUUGGAAGCACAUUUGGGCUAUCAAGGCAGUGUUGAUGAGGGGUUUUGAGCUUGUGGUGGGAUUGGGGAUUAACUUUCACAAAAGUAAUCUAAUUGGUGUGAAUAUUAAUUCUCAUUUCUUAGAAAUUGCUACUGGUUUUCUUUCUUGUAGGAAGGAAGAAAAAGAGUUCAUUUUUCUUGAAAUUCCUAUCGGGUAUAAUUCUAGAAGGAUCUCAAUGUGGAAGGGGAUUUUGACUAAGAUGAAGAACCGGCUUUGGUGUUGGAAGGGUCGUAUGCUAAGUUUUAGGGGUAGAUUGACUUUUCUUAAAUCAAUGUUGUUUGGGGAGUUUUAG